ACAGGUGAUAGUUAAGCUAAACAAAUAUUUGACUUUAAUCUAUUUCCGAUAGCGUUUUGUUUAUAUCUGUUGUUGAACCUUGAACUUACUACGACGAGUAUUAUUUAUUGAAAUAAAAUUUUUUCCGUAGUCUAUAUGUGCAGCCAUACGAAGAAGACAGUGAAACAAUGAAUUUGGACAAAUGGGUGCAGUUGAAUAGCCAGACAGCAGGCCGUGACAAGGUUGCUCGCCUUGUCCAAUAUACUUCACGCGCAUUAUGGGACUUAUUGGAGAGCGCCGAUAUGAGUCCAGCAUUGGCCGACAGCUUCAAAACAGUGGAGUACAUACUCAGCACAUUCCGAAAACUACUGCGUUUCGGACGCUGUGUUGACAUAUUCUAUUCUUCGUUGCGCACUAUACACUAUCCGGAUUUAACGAUACGUGUCACACUGACGUUGAGCAAGCUAUCGCAAUCCUUGUUUCUCCUUGCCGAUCAUUUCAUGUGGUUAGCUCGCACUGGUCUCUUCAAGGAUAUAAACUCGAAGCGUUGGGGCGAAUUCGCGAACAAGUAUUGGUUGCUGUCGAUUAUAAUGAAUUUAUGUCGAGAUGUGUAUGAAAUAUUCCGAUUGCUCGACUUGCGUAGGGCAAGCAUUAAAAGUGGUAUAACCCGCGUAAGUGAUUCAAACUCACCGUUAAGGGUCAGCUCACUGCGUGACUUUAAUCGAUUAGCAUUGCAUUCGUUUGCGCUAAUUUUGAUACACAAAGAUGUUGCUGUAGAUACGAUAAAAAAUCUGUGUGAUCUGUUUAUUCCACUUACGGGGCUGGGCUAUACAAAACUGUCACCACGCACAAUUGGAUUAUUGGGUGCCAUUUCAUCUGCAGCCGGUUUAUGGGCAUUAUUGGAACCAACAGCCAAGCUGACGCCAGUAUAAAAAUGAGUUUAAUUAUCGCUUGCGGUUAGUAUAAAAGUGAAAAUAAUAUUUGUUCUUAUAUUUCGCUUGAGCAACGCCUAACCGUAGAAUUAAAUAUUUUACGAGUUUUUUUAUUAUAACUCGCUGAGCGAAUAUCUUUGAAUGAUUUAACAUUUAUUCAGUUAACGCUGUUGCCAAUAAAAUCUAUUAAUCUUAAAAAUAUACAAAUACAAUUUUUAUAGUAAAUAUGUGGUAAUAACUUCGUCAGACAGACAAAUCAAGUAUUGAGUUGGGCUGCUGCCUGGAAAAAAAUAAAUCUCAAAUUUCCCAGCCGAAUGCUUUAACAACCGUUUUAGUGUUAUGAAAA